AUGGAUCUCAACCAACCCAAAUUUCACCGUGAAUCGGUGAGGAUACCAUCGAAGACGCCUGGAUGGGACCUGGAUGCUUGGGUAUACACGCCUACGACUUCGAGCUUAACCUCUGGAGGAAGAACGAGGAGGAGAACAAUUCCAGUGAUUGUGAUGGCUCACGGCCUAGGCUGUACGAAAUCCCUCGGAUUAUCCUCCUAUGCCGAAGCCUUCACGACAGCUGGCUACGCGUGUGUCGCGUUCGAUUACAGGAGAUGGGGGGAUUCUGAUGGGGCACCGCGGCACUGCACGUACUUCCAAGACCAGAUGGAGGACUACGCGUCUGUUGUCAAGUAUUGCAGGCAACACGAUGAUUUCGGGUUCGAUCCGCAGAGGGUCAUUUUGUGGGGUUAUAGUUUCUCUGGUGGCCACGUUCUUUCUUUGUCCGCUGAUCCCACGCUCAACAUCUACGCGACAAUCGCCCAAGCACCAUACACCGGCCGCGCCUACAACCUCUCCCCGACCCUCCUCUGCCUCAAACGCACUCUCCUCGCCCUAGGGGACAUCAUCCUGACGACAUUGACAUCGAACCCCGUGUAUAUCCGCACCGCGGCAGAGCCGACAGAAGUAGGUGCCGUGAUAGCGCCAGGAUCUGCGGACGGGUUCCGGCGGCUGCCUGGUGCUGACAGGCAUUUCCCGAAUCAGAUAAACGCGUCGAUAUACCUCUCCGCGCCCUCGCAUCAACCGCACCAACUCGUGCCCGCGAUCCAAACCCCCGUCUUGUUCAUCGCAGCGCAGCACGAUCGUAUCUGUCCUGCUGCCAAAAUCGUAGAAACAAGCAAAAGGGCACUGAAGGCGAAGGUGGUGGAGAUCCCUGGAGAUCACCUCGACAUGUUCGAAGGAGGGCACGCGUUUGAGGCGUGUCGCGAGGCGCAGUUGAAGUUUUUGGCGCAGUAUGUGCCCCUUUAG